AUGAGCGACCUUGACGAUGAGUUGAACAACCCCAAAGAUACUAAGACCAUCAGGUUCAAAAAGCUUGCGCCUGGGGUCAGAAAGCAGACUUCAAGGAAACCAAAAUUGAGUUUUGAUGACGAAAACGAAGAGGAUGCUGGCAUAAAACAGGCAACAAAAGUUCCGAAACCUGGUUUCAAAGGAGGUAGCGCACCUGUUACAGUUGUAGGUGAAGCAGGAUUGAAACUGAGCUACACCAGAAAGAUUUCUGCUGACGAAAAUGCUGAAAGUCAACCGUCAGUCGACACACCAAAAGUCAAAUCUACGAACAAAAAUGAAGAAAUUCACCCAAGCAUCACCAGAAAUAUUGACCCGUUAACGGGCUUACCAAUUGACAGCGAGGACCAUCAAAAAGAUGUAAAACAGGAGGAAUCUUCACACCCCUCAAAUAUUCAUUCCAUACAUUCUUUCAAAGCAGACACAGAAAAUAUUCCUAUACACGACGACGACGAGGAGGAGAUAGAAGAUGGGAAAAAUGAGCUUAUAAUGACACUCGAUGAUGCUUUUGUAGAAGAUGGCCCACUAGGUUUAUCGGGAGAACCUGCACCUUUCACUGUGGACGCAAACAUGUACGACCUCGAAUUGGGAUCACCGGCACCUUCAGAAACAAUAUCCAAUGGGGAGAAUGAACUUUCUGGAAAAUCAAAUGUUUUACGUGAAAAACCACCAGAUUUGCAGCUGCAAAUCGACGCAUUAAGACAGUCAAUUGCCACCCUCAAAACCGAUCAAUCACAGGCUGAAAAGGAUUUUUCAGAAGUAAAGGCACAACUUGACCAAAUCUCUGAUCAAAAGUCCAAACUCGCCGAUACAUUAAAAGAUAUAUAG